AUGUGUCCGCUGUGCGGAUCGACGAGCUAUCAUGUACACGACGGGUAUGACGAAGCUGGGGCCGUGUCGGAGCAUUCACGGUUCGUCUACAGGAGGAACCGUCCCAGACAGAGGUCCCGGUCUCUAUCGAAGACACGCUACUACAGUCCUGACAACUUCUUGAAGAGAUACGUAGUGAAGGAGUUCUCCCGGGACUCGAGUGCCGACUCAGAGGUGGAAAUACACAGCAGACGCAGAAGAAGUCGAAGUUUAUCUCGCUCCCGGAGAAAAGGUCGGAGUUACAGAAGAAUUCAGAGAGAUGGUUACCAUAGUGAGAGAGACAUUAGAAGAGAUGACUCUGAGGAAAGUGACUUGAAUGCCUCGUUGAAUUAUUCAAGAGAUAUCAACCGACUGACCAAGAAAAUGAUCAAAUCGGUGAAGAGUGAACUACACAAGACCAAGCGAGAGUUUGGAUCAUCUUAUUGGUGAAUUAUGCGACAUAAGAAUUACACAAAUCAAAGACUCAAGUGGAUGGAUCUUCUUACAUAAGAAUUAACAAGUCAAAGAUUAAACAAAGUGAAAUAUGUUACCUGACAAAAAAUAAACAUUUCAGAUGUUAACUGGAAUCAUUUAUGCAGCACUGGAGAAGCUGUGCAUAAAUAAGUUGUUCAGUUUGAAGAAGCACACAAGAGGAAUGUUUGUGGAUCCUGAGCGGCUAUUACUAGGAUUGAUACAUCAUGGAUACAAAGUUCAGCAUUGUAGGAUUUCUGCAGGAUAUGUUGCUCAUGAUACAAAUUAAAUUACCAUGAUGUUCCUACAGGAUUCAUGAUUUAUGAUAGUUUUUAUAUCUAAGAUCCUCACUGGAUCUAUCACCUGUGGUAAAAUUUAAAUGACCUGAGUUUGCUACAGAAUCAUAUUAUUUGUUUUACACUCAGCGUAAUUGUGAAUUAGACUGGAUGAUAUAUAAUGUGUUAUUUUAUUGGUUCCUUACCAGUCCAACUGGAGGGAACUAUAGCUUUCAUCUCCAUCAUGUCUGUCUGUCUGUCCAUCUUGUCUGUUUGUUCAUCUAUCUGUUGUACAUAUAGUUUUCCAGAUGUUUGUUUUUCCACAAGGCUUUGAAAUACUGAGCUGGAAUUUUGUCUAUAGCUUUAUCAUGUACUGUUACAGAAGAAAUUUCAACUUUCGUGGCGAUUUACCCAUUUUUGACAGAGUUAUGGCCCUUGAACUUAGGAGAUACAAAAACACGUUUUCGGGUGUUUUUUUUUUAAUUGCAGUGCCUCAGGAUAUUGAGCUUAACUUUUAUGUAUAGCUUUAUCAUGUUCUGUUAAAGAUCAAGAUUGACCUUCGUGGCAUGUUACCUAUUUUUUAAAGAGUUAUGGCCCUUGAACUUAGGAGAUAUGAAAAUUUGUUUUCUGAACUUUGUUUUUGGAAUGCCUGAAGAUAUUGAUAUGAAAUUUUGUAUAGCUCUGUCACAUAAUUACAGAACAAGUUUAACUUUUAUUGCAAGUUACCCAUUUUUCACAGAAUUAUGACCCUUCAAUUUAGGAGACUGAAAAACUUGUUUGGCCUAGUAGGGGACAUGUAUUACUUUAGCAGUACUCUCAGAAUGCUUAUUAUGAUGGGUAAUCUGUGUUAGAUAAUGUUGUAUACAAGUCAGUAUGUUAUGAAUGAUUAGGACGAUCAUGUGUACUUGUGUGUAAUCAUGUAUCCAUUGUGAAAGAUGUUGAAGAAAAUAUUAUUGCAACGCUAUAAAUACUGAUGGAAAGAAAUAAGGGAACACAUGGAAUUGUAGACCAAAUGUAAUUCACAACUAGCGUA